UCUUACAGCUGCUACCAGAGCCUGGAAGGUCCAGGAUGAACGGCCUCCUCUUCCUCGCCACCAUCAGUCUGCUGGUUGCGGUUCAGAUACAAAUGGGAGUCUUGGGAGAUAAUAAGACCAAUGUGAAUCCCAACGUGGCCACUCCUCCUCGUCCUGCUCCUGUGACUACCAAGGAGGGAGCCCCAAAAACUUCUGUGGCCAAAAAAACCCCUCCGAAACCCCAGAAGAGUGGGGCCUCCUCACUCAUCGAUGUGGGUUCCCGCAGUUUCUUCUUCUUCGCCAACACCUUAAUGUGCCUCCUCUACCUUGGCUGAGGUGAUGAUGUUGCUUCUACAACCCUGUGCUCCUCAAACAGUUGCCCACCAUCAGUAGC